AUGGACAGCGCGAAUCUGUCCCUCCUGGCUAACCUUGCCCUGCUUUCCUUGAGCAGGAAUGGCAUCGAGGGCAUGCGGGAGGAUGCCCUGCAUGGCCUCACCAAGUUGCAGACACUGCUACUGGGACACAACCACAUCUCCAGCCCUUCGCUCCCUGAUCGCACCUUCAGCAAACUCCACAGCCUCCAGGUUCUGGUGCUUAGCAAUAAUGCUCUGAGCACCUUGCGAGGGUCCUGGUUUCAACACACCAGGGCCCUGACCCGACUGCAAUUGGAUGGGAAUCAGAUUCCUAAUCUGACAGACAGUUCUUUCGGGGACACACACCUCCCCAGUCUCAGACACCUGGACUUAUCUAACAAUUUUAUUUCCUACAUUGGGAAAAAUGCCUUCUGGCCCCUGCCUCAACUACAGGAAGUGGACCUUUCCCGAAACAGGCUGGCCCACAUACCGGACGUGUUCACACCCCUGAAGCAGCUAAUCCACCUGAGUUUAGAUAAGAACCAGUGGCACUGCACUUGCGAUCUGCAACCCCUCGCCCGGUUUUUAAGAGGCUUCGUGAACUCCUCAGCUCGAACACUCAGGAAUGCCAAAGACCUAACUUGUCAGCUGCCCCCUGGCGCAGUGGCCCCAGCAAAGAGUGUGCUGAGGCUGUCGGAGGCCAACUGCGAUUCCAAAGCUCCCAACUUCACGCUAGUCCUGAAGGACACAAGUCCCAUUCAUCCAGGGCGGGACGUGACCCUGCUGACUGUCCUGGGCUUUGCAGGAGCUGUUGGUCUUACUUGCCUGGGUUUAGUUGUAUUUAAGUGGAAGCUCCAAAAAGGCAAAGCAAAUGAACACACAUCAGAAAACCUUUGUUGCAGAACCUUCGAAGACUCCCUGUGUGCUCGGGAAGCAAGAAAUUACUGCACUAAGGGUGACUGUAACUGCCACUUACCUCAGGAAAACCAGCUAAAGGUCAUGUCCAUUGUGGAGUCCAGAAAGGAAAGGCCAAUUUUACAGGGAAACAGCCAUCAGGCAACACAGGCCCCCGAGUCCGCAGCCCUUGAUGGAUCAUUUAGAAACCUGAAAGGGAAGGACCACGGGGCAGACACCACUUUCUUUUGCCUUGAUGGCAGAUUGCUGCAGUCAGGAUGGACAAGGCCACUUGGAGAUAUGGCAGCUUUGAAUGAUACAGAUUCACUUACAAGAUUCUGUCGAGACAGAGUGCCAAAGCCUGGGCAAGUCCAACCACAAGCCCCGUCAUACCGUGUAACAACAAGAGCUAUCAGCAGUGACACAUUCAGCAGAAGAUAUGCAGCAUCCGCUACAGCCUUGGCAAGAGGAAGUCUUGAAAAGCCUUUAACAAAUGAAUCAUGGCAGCAUCCAAUAGAAAAAGGAGACAAUAGCGUACAUCCUCACCGGCAGAGGCGUUUUAUUCUAAGCUCAUCACCCAAGCCUUGCAAGCUUGAGGAACACCAUGUACAAAAGAUCGUACAAAAACAUAGAUCAAAAUAUGAUGGUCCUUGUGGACAGUUAAAAUGGAGCAGGCCUAGGUAUUCUCAGCCAAACAAUUCUCUUCUCUGUAAAUACGUGCCCUGGGAUCAAUUUCAAGAUUAUGUGAAAGAAAAGAAGCCACACCGUAGAAACUAUUCAAAGCUUGAGAAACGGCAAAUCCAAAUUAACAAUGCAAUAGAAAAAUUCCUAAUGAGCGAGGACCCCAUAGAAAGAUCAGGGCUAUCAACAAAAGUUAAGAAAACAUGUGCCCCCAAGAAGGUGAGCUUCCAUGACCCCGAUUUAGUAGAAACAAAUAAGUCGGUCCUGUCACCUGGAGCAGCAACCUAUAGGGAUCAGCAGAGAAAUCAAAGUAACCAACUGACCAACUUGGAUCUCAACAAAUGUAGCCACCCUUGGGUGAGAAAUUCCAGAGAAGAAAGGUUUACAGACCAACAGCUUCUGAAAAAGAAGCGAAUCAAUAGAUCAAACUUCAAAGGGGAAAUUAAAGGACAAGAUGUACGCAUGAAAUUACAUGCACAUGCUUUCCGAAAUGCGAGAGUCCAUCCAGAAAAGCCUUUCCCAGAACUUUCAAACAAGUGCCAACAGACCUUGUUACCUACUAAGAAUCUAUCCAAAGCUUCUGAGAAAGAAGUCAAAAUAAAUCCCCUGUCCUCUGCAGAUUACCCCCAACAGCCAGACAGGAACACCUAUGUUAGACUCCCUCUAAAGAGUCUGUCUCUCAAACAUGCGCCAAAGCAGACACCAUCUUGCAAAAGAAACACAACACAUGCGUCUCUGCUCAGUUCCAAUAACUUGUCCGUAGGCCCUCAGAGCUCUGACGAAGGUGGGUGUCGUCUUAUUGGUCAGAUUCCUGAUGGAAAUCCCUCCCCACCCAUCAUCGCUGAGCACAGACAUUCACAUGUCCACUUCUCAAAUGAGCAAGUGGAGGGUGAAACUCCCAGGGCACUGGAGGCUGCUGGUCAAGUACCAGCUCCUUGGGCAAGCACAAGCAGUGAUGUUUUACCAUCCUGCUCUUUUGGGAGGGCUAUGGACAAAGGGCCCCCAGACUUCCCUGAGUCCGUGGCUCAGGAAAAAUCAAAAACUAUCAAGGGUGGGAAGAUGAACCAGUUUUCUUUGCUCCUACAGAAUCGGACACAUCUUUCAAGUGUCCAAGAGACUGACGCCGACACCCAGGAGUACACUUCAGAUCAAAAUCAGGCUCUGCAACAGGGAGAGUGCAUGCAUUGUCACGCACACCUUGGAAACAACGAGAGAACACCAGCGACAGAAACCUCCAAGUCACAUCAUAUCAUAGAAAGUCACCUGAGGGAUGAAGGAAGAAUUAAUGAGGGACAAGACCUUCCUCACACAGAGACCCGUGAUUCUUCUUUCAUUCGCCACGGACAAUCCGAGAGCAACCUACAAGCUAUGGAGACAGAUUCUACGCCAUACCAGCAUAGACUAGAGAUGCCCAGGGAGCUCAGUCCUCCUUCUCUUAGUAACCCGGCCCCUUGGCAUUGGACCAAGAGUAGUGAUGGGGGAACUGACAAUAGAGCUGCAUUACCCAGAGAGGACAGCACCGACAGCGCCGCAGAGAUAAAAGUAGUAGAGGAAGAAGAGAACAAAAUGCUCUAUGAAAGCAAGACAAAUUCCGUAAUGGUCCCUCAGACCGCACACGUGACCUCAGAACACACCACAAGAGAAAAGCAGAAAACGUGGGGAAAUGGCAAACAUGAAAAACCUUUAUCAGACAAUUCAAACCCUGUCAAGGCAACUACUCCUGGAAAGGAUUUGAGUUUCAUGAGUUCUCCUGAGAAUGGAGAUCGCCUGCCUGGUAGUGAAAUAGAUCUUCAAAUGAACAAUAAGGUGUGUGAUUUGAGUGAAGUUAAAAAUAUUCAACCAGAUGAAGAGAGCAGUGUACAUGAAGAACGUGAAAGGACAGUGGACAAACGGGAAGCACGUUCCCCCUUCCCAGCUUUACGAGGUGUCAGUUUUGAGGCAGAAGAUGAGGGGCCUCUAAUUCCUAGCAGAAGAGGUGAAGCUGAAAACUCUGCUCCAAACCCUGUCCUAUAG